UAGUUACCGAAAAAUAUUGUGCGUUUAGUAGCCUUUUUAUGAAAUAUAUUAUAUAACAUACGAUUUAAUCGUCAAAAUAACAAGUUAAUCGCUGGGCUUAAGCCAAACCAUGUGUGCUAUUAUCGAUUAAUAGAUUCUUUAACACACUUGAAGGAAUCUGCUAGUAUAUUGGAUAGGUUUCUUUUCUAUUUUAAUCAAAUUUAUAGGUGGAGUACUGGUUCCGAAAACUAGUGGACGACUCCUCAGAUCGGAACAUCCCCCGUCGCCGGCGACAGUAUAGAAUGCUCAUGGACGAUGAUUUCUAGCGAGCGCUGGGACUCGGCUGGGGUGAGAGCCACGGGUGAAGAGGCGCUACUGGCAGCGCGUGUGCAGAGCGUGCGCCCUUUAUGGGCCCCGGUGCCCCCACCCAGGUCCCCACCUCGUCUCCGAGCACCCAGCCCGCCACCAAUCCCGAGGAAAAUCAGAGCGAGACGACGACAACCGAGGCGACUGCAAGCUUUAGCUCCACCCCCACCAGCCUACUGCUUGGAAGUACCAGCGCAGUUGUUUUGCGAUCCGACAUGCAAGUUUCACUUUGACCCGCCUCGUCCACCGCAGCUGACGGACUGUCAGCGUGCUAUGAGUCGACUGUCAGCAAGUGUGCAAGCGGCAAUACGAGCGUCAGCUGCGCGGUGUCCGCCAUACCGUGGAACCAACGUCAGUCGUUACGCCCCCACAGGACAAAGGCCGGGCCGCUGUCCUGAUCGCCGCUACGGUGUCUGGUGGCCUAAAGAUCAUCCAUCACCAAGACUCGAACGAUUCCAAAUCACCUCUAUAUCUCAACCUCCAGAAUCUAAACCAAAAAUCACUAAAACUGAACCUCAAGAAAAAAUUGUAAGUAACGAAAAUAACAAUGAAAACAGUCAACCGCCGCCAGAGAAAUCCACACCACCAGCAGAUAAGACAGAGAUUCCUAAGACAGCUGAACAGAUCGCAGCUGAUGGUCAGUUACCGUCGACGAGUUCGGCAACUUUAGAUACAAACUUGAGAAAAAAACGUCUAUACAGCACGGUUCUCAGUAUGAGUGCGCCAACACCGAUGAAUUUAACGUCCGUUGGUUGUGUAAGGUUAUCACAGAAACUUGUGGCACCGGGAAUCCUGAAAUUAAAUCCGAAAAUCGUCUUGCCAUCAGCGAGGAUAAGGCCACCUAAUGUGGAUAAUAAAUUCGAAGAGUUGGAGAAAGAAGCUUUGGAACAGUACAAAGCAUCUGACGAAAGUAUAGAUACUAAAUUUCGGGAACUAGAAAAACAAGCAGUCGAACAGUAUAGUACCAGUAACAGUAACACUAGUUGUAGUAGCGGCAAUUCAGGUGAAAAGGGCGUUUCGACAACUUCACCCGUGUCAGACGAUUCAAAAAACAAAAAGCAACCAGCAAAAUUUCAUAAGGAUAAAAUGGUGGAUAGUGUUGUUAUAUAUUCUCAAAACUUUCCUGACCUUAACUCUAAGGGACAUACGUCGAGUGUUGUAAAUUUAAAAAACUUCCACACCCCCCCGAGGGGGGAAAAAAAGGAACAAACACACAGACCGAGUAAAAUGCGGAAUAUUAAGAACGAUUCGCAACGUGCGGCAUCAGAUACAGAUUACGAAGCCCGCGAAAAAACUCAUAAAGGUUCUAUGCGGUGGACAUUGCACGUGGUGCCACCGAAGAAGAGACACAUGACGUCAUGCGUUUCAGAUUUCUCUUCUGAUGAAGAGAUGGAGGAUGCUAGUGAUGCGAUAAAAGAUGCUGCGCCACGUAUCAAGAACCACGCUGGGAGUAAAAUCAAAAUGUCCGCGCAUGGGGGCGGAGAUCUCCAUCCGAUUAUGAGGAAAACAUAGCAUUUUGGAACAGUGUCCAGAAUGGAGUGUGGUGUAUUAACCGAUGGAUUGCUAACCAUUUAUUUUUACACUUUACCUAAUACUCUUACCACUGAAAGUUGAAUAAUAGAAGAAUUACUGAGAUAUCAUAAUAUUAAAGUUAAUCUCAUAAGUGAAAUCAUUUUUUGACUAUUCAAUGUCAACUUUUAGUGGUCAGAAUCAGUUUUUGAUAGAAAUAUUAUGGUGGAUAUGGUUUAUGUGAGAUCCGUAAUUGUGUGUAUCGAACUGUGACGUGACCGGCCAAUGUCCUAUGUAACAAAAAGCUAUUUAGCAAUGUGCUUAUUUUUACUAGUCAUAAACGAUUUGUAUAUAUAUUUUUGUAUUUUUAAAUUUAUUAUUAUAGAAAAAUAAGUAAAUUCAGUUCACAAAAAAAUAAUUUAGCAAAAUUUUAAUUCAUUAGGUAUUUAACAAAAAAUAAAUUGUAUACUACAUUUUCUUUCUCGAAGCUGUUAUUUUUUCAUUUUAUAAGUUGCAUGGAAUUAAAAUCAAUCAAAAUUAAAAACCAAGUCCGUUACAUCAACAAUGUUUAUAUUGGCUGAAAACUUUGGAAUGAUAAAUAGUAAACAUAAUUAACACUUACAUAACAAGCUCAGAUUAAUAUCAUAGCUAAUUCGACAAUAUCAACUAUCUAGAAACUUUUCCAAAUCUGAUCUGUCUUCAUCCAGUUGAACUUGUUCUAAACUUAUUUUAGGUGAUGCUGAACCUGAAAUAGACAUUUAUAUUUAAAUAGGCCAGUUGACAAUUUUACUUUUAUUUUGUGGAUAAAUAUUCAAUUAAU